AUGGAUGAUCCGGCUGAGAGACCAAUCCUGAUAAAAAGACAAAAAAUGAAAACAUUGUUUGAUAGUGGAUCGCCCACUUCAUUCAUUCGUGCGGAUAUGGUGAAGUCAUUGAACCUAAGGACAUACGAGACACCACCAUUCCGAUUCAGAGGGUUUAUCCCUACCGAUGCGUCGACGACAACGGAAGCCGUAAGUCUAACCGUUCCGGUAGAAGACUUACAGAUCCCAGUAGUGGCAUAUAUCCUGGAGAGUAUGGACUAUCAACUGCUAAUUGCCAAUCCUAUCCUCCGCCGCUACUCGAAACUUUUGUCAAUAAUAUUGGAAUCGACCCCGAACCUGAAAGCUUGUGAAAAUCGUGUCAAGGUUAGCUACCUUGAGCCUGAGUCUACUGGUAAUCGUGGUAAUUCCAGAAGGCCUGAAAUGUCUCUUGCUACCACUACUCUUGAAGCAAUUGACCGGAAAUCCAUUGGCCAUCGUGGUAAAGCCAAAUGUGAUGUUCCAUCUCCUGUUACCACUACUUCUGAGACAGCGAGUGCGCUUGACAACCCUGGUUAUCCAGGUGAUCCCGAGUUAAUCGUUCAAGAGUUAUUGGAGCAGAUUCCUGGAGGAGAUGGGAGAGAAGUCCCUGGUUGCAAGCGUAAGAGGUUUAGCCCUGCGGUUGUCCGUGAACAAAGGUUGUAG